AUGGCUUACUACUAUGCCGGCAUGGCGCCUCAGUCUUCGCGUGACCCGAACGCGCUCUCGCCGCAGCGCAACCCGAACAGACUGAGCGCUAAUAUGUCAACCACCAACGCUGCGCGCGGAGGGUUGAUAAGAAGGUUCACGAUGAACGAGUACCCAACUGUCUCGCCCAUUGGGCAGCAAAGGAGGCAGCCUGGAACACACGAGCCGGUAAGUAACGGCGCUUCUGUUUUAAGCGACGCAUGCACGGCAGCAGGCAGCGGUAGCAGCUUGGAUGGUACUAGAGCAUUGCUUUCCGGGCCGGGCGCCUCGAAAACAGUCCGGCGUGAUAGAGUGAAAGAUCGAGAUCCAUUGGACUUGCGGUCCCGGCAGGGUUUAGCAGAGCCAGACACUGUUGCAAACACAAUGGUUCAGGUCGAUGGCAAGGUCGGAGAGGUGGCCAGUAGUGCACUUCAGCGUGGGAGUGUUGUGCUUGCCAAUGAUCUCGUUUAUGCCCUUCAACACAGGCUGACAAACACUGACCAGUCAACCGGUUUCGGAAAGCUGGCUCCGUCGGAUGCCGCCGCACGUCGCUACGAGAUACUUCUGGCGCAGCAACGCCAGAUACAAGCUGACAUUGCUGCCGUGGAUGCGGAAACACGCCAUGAGGUCGACCAGAGCAUUAGACAUGAGGAGUCGAUCGCAGCAAUGAUGGCAUCGAGCGAGCCAACCAGCCCGCCGGAAUACGGCAAUGCCUUCCCAAACGCGUUCUCGAAGCCGAACCGCUAUUCGACUGCCAGCUUGACAUCUGUGGGAGGGAUCGCCAACAAGGCCAAUCGGUCCAGCAUUCAAUUGACAUCUCCCUCAAACACCAUGUCACGACCGUACACUUCCGGCAAUGUGCACUUGCCAUCGCAAUCCGUUCCAACCUCUCGCCGCCAGUCCGAUGACGAGGACGAUGAGGAGCCUUGGAUGUAUGGGUUCGAGAAUACGGCCCAUCGUGCGGCAGCAAAAUCUGCUUUCAGUCCAAACCGCAACUCAAUGCCCAUAACGGGAUACGCUCGCAACAGAAGCAGAGCAGACCGGACCUCAUUCGGACCAGUCAAUACGAGCGGCUUUCUGCUUGACGACGACGACGACCAUCGUACUGUUAUACCGACUUCUACCACCACUUCGCCACCUACCGCGAGGUCAUAUUUGCAAGUCCAGCAGACAGCUGACGGGUUCCCGAAACUCAUUCGCCGUGAGGACAGCAACGAGCUCGCGGCCUCUGCGCUAGACAUUGCAUUUGCCCAAGGUGUAGAGCCUCAGCAGCAGGUUACCGAUCGCGCCACGGCCAGCCGUCACCGCAUAUCGCUUCCACCCAGUGCAUUGAGCAGCACUUUCGGCAUUGCACCGCUCAACGGAAUACUUACAAACGCCGAAAGCAAGCCCUCUGCGAUCAACCGUCGCUCGUUGGAGGUCAAGUUCCCUGCUGAACCGAAACGCCCAUUGCUAAUGGCUGUGGCUUCACCGCCUCGCGGGCUCGCAAACGCGGCCAUGCAAAAGCCUUCGCUUUCCACAAAUGACAUUCCAACGUUAAAGAGCAUCAGCAACGACAGCUCAUUUGCGAACAAAACAGCUGGCACUUCACCGUCUCGUCAGUCUGUUGUGCCCACUGACCCGUCCUCGCCUGAGCAGCAAAGCAUUAGUCGCGUUACCUCCGCCUCGACCGCCAACACCAACCGCUACAGCCAAGAAUUUGCGACUGCCGCAGGCCUCAAAGUAGAGGACGACGUCGAAGGUCUGACACCCUCUAACCACUCAGGCUUACAAGCCAACGCCGCGCCUUUUGGGCCUAUCGCCGGCACUCACGACAGCCCAAUGCAGCAUCUCGGCCCGAACGGCAUGUCUCCUUUCGCCCAGCAGGCUUACUACAACGGCUACAACCUGCAAAUGCUCAACAGCGGGUUCAAUAACAUGAACCUGGGCAGUUACAAUGGUCCAAUGCAGUGGCCAGGUCCGCCGUACGCGCAAAUCGGCGGAUACGGCCAGUACGGUCAAUAUGGUCACAAUGGCCAUGCGGCAGCGAGUGCCGGGCGCAUACCAGACACACGGAUGACGGUGCAACAGCGCCGUCUUGCGAACGAAGAGGCACAGACACGAUACAACUCGCUCACUGUCGGCCAGCUCACUGGGGAGAUCUACAGCCUCUGCAAAGACCAGCACGGCUGUCGCUAUCUUCAGCGCAAGCUCGAUGAGCGUGCCGACAACGCUGUGGAGAUUGUGUUCGUUGAGAUCAAAGAUCACAUUAUUGAGCUCAUGACCGACCCAUUCGGCAACUACCUUUGUCAGAAGCUGCUGGAGUGCACGGACGACGAGCAGCGCACUGUACUGAUCAAAAACUCUGCGUCCAGCAUGACAAAGAUCGCCCUCAACCAGCACGGCACACGCGCACUGCAAAAGAUGAUCGAGUACAUCUCCACUCCGCAGCAGAUACAGAUCAUCAUUGAAGCGCUCCGCUACGACGUGGUAUUGCUGAUUCAGGACCUCAAUGGCAACCACGUCAUCCAGAAGUGUCUCAACCAUUUGUCGCCUGAGAACGCUCAGUUCAUCUUUGACUCUGUUGGCACCAAUUGCAUUGCCGUUGGCACUCACCGUCAUGGUUGCUGCGUGCUACAGCGCUGCAUUGAUCAUGCUUCCGGCUUGCAGAAGGGUGCGCUCGUUGAUCAGGUCAUUAACAACGCCUUCGCCCUGGUGCAAGACCCCUUCGGCAAUUAUGUGGUGCAGUACAUUCUUGAUCUCGGCGAGCCUUGCUUCACCGAGCCCCUUUGCCAGAGCUUCGCGCACCAGGUCGCCUACCUCUCAAAGCAGAAAUUCAGCUCCAACGUGGUCGAGAAGUGCAUCCGUUGCGCUACCGGCAAUGUUCGUCGUGCCGUCAUCCUCGAGAUAGCUGAGCCGCGUGAGCUUGCAAUGCUACUCCGAGACUCUUUCGCCAACUACGUCGUGCAGACUGCGAUGGACUUUGCCGAUGAGGAAACCAAGAAUCUCCUCAUGGAGAACGUUCGGCCCAUCCUCCCUUCAAUCCGUCAUACGCCGUAUGGCCGUCGCAUUGCGACCAAGUUGCAAGAGUAUGAUGCCCGUAACGGCUCGUCCUCACCUCCUGCAUCUGGUGGUGCCACCCCAGCCGACUCGAUCUCGUCGAUGUCGCCGCCAGCUACCAUGAACGGAAUCGUUAAUGGUGUUCCGCCCUAUGGCGCGGGUCUCGGUUCAGCAGGUCGUGCUAACCGCAACGGCUGGGCUGGUCCGCCGCCGCAGUGGCCUGGUUUUAAUGCUGGCGCUAAUCCGUUCAACAACAUUCCCACAUUUGACGCGAGAGGCUUCGAGACACCACUCACGAACGGCGAAGUCGCGUCUCCGACUCCGCAGCGUCACAACCAUAGCAGCAGCCUACUCGCCAACGGCGAACCUCGCUUCACCAGCCCUGGCUUCUCCGCUCGCCAACCUGCGCCUUUUGGCCACUUCUAA